AGUAAUGGGUAAACUACAAGAAAUUAGGAGAAGAGACUUGCCGAAACUGAGAGAUGAAUUAGCAUCUUAUCUUCCCGAUUCUGCUACGAUAUACGGAACCCUUGAAAUCUUGCUCAACUACGGAACACUCAAGAACUGGGAAACACGUGUAUUUACAACAAGAGGAAAAUCGUCGACCCUCGUAGUGACAACACCCAUGUGUACCACGCCUGAGUCCCAAAGCCUCUCCGUGUUUUGGGAUUGCAAUAUGGACGAGGACCUGGAGGUAACUGCAGCACUUUCGACCUUACCUGGUUUUAAUUGGGACAAACCUUUCUUCCUUUACGCUUGUCCUAUACAUCUUCACGAAAAGCUGAGUCUCAUGAUCGAAAACAGAGGCCUGGGAACGGGGAAGCUACACCCUGAGCGUCUUGUGAGAGCACACCUGUACACUAUAACCUCUGAGACUUUAACGACACCUAGGUAUUCCGAAGUGCUGCCCAAAGGCUUCGAGAUCCGACGCACAGACCCGCAGUUCGCCGAGCAUAUGCGCACUCACUGGAGGUACCAAGAUUUUGAGUCAAUAGAGGCCUACGAACAGCUGAUCCAUGUUCUUCCGGGAUACGCCAUCUUCGAAACUCCCAAAGCUGACGAGGAGAGCCAGGAUCCAAGAGGAAAGGCUCACCCAACCGGAGCUCCGGUUUCGUGGGUUCAUAUGAGUCGAAGCAACACGAUGGGCAACACAUUCACCCACCCUGAGUACAGGAGACGAGGUCUUGCUCAGGCGGUGACCCUCGCUUUGGCUGCCCACGUGACCCGGCAGAGUGGCAAGGUUUCGGUCUACGUUAGCGACGAAAACGAGGCUUCUGUCGCCUUCCACAAGCGGCUCGGCUUCACCCGCGAGUGCACCGUAGGCUGGCAGGCUUUCAGUUAGACACGAGUUUUGUAGUACUGUAAAAUCAAGGUUUCAGUCUUGCGUUUAAACCAAUUUUUUAGCCAUGCAUUAAUGAAACCAGUCAUGCAGUUAACCAAGAUUUGAGUCAUGGAGUUAAACCAAGAUUUCAGUCAUUCUUUCAAACCAAGAAUGAAAUCACAGUUAAUAAGAUUUACAGAAUAUAGUAGUUGAUUACACAUAUAUCCUACCUCUUAACCUAAAAUUAGAAACCCUUUUCGCGCCUUUAUGGAUAUCAAAAUGCCAUUAAACAUUCGAUUUUUGUUUUACAUUAUAUUACAUGCAACAGAGGUGGUGACUCUGUAAGGAUAGAAUGUCCCAAGGCAGUAGCGUUGGUAAUGAUAUUCAAGAAUCUAUAGGUGUCUUAUUUAGUGUGAUCUUGACAGUUUAUAAAGCGUUUACCCACAUCUUAUUAGGCGCCACAUCUCUGUAUCUAUGUUGCACGGUUUUUCUAUAUAAUGCAAGAGUUUUUAUCACUUUGAUUCGCAAAUAAAUCUCUGACACAACUAAAUCUAACUAAAUCUUAACUAUGCCGCCGUUGAUGGAAUAUUAUUGGCACACUGUUAUACAUAUGGUAAAGAUUUCUAAUGAGUGUAAUUAAUUAUGUGCAAGCGUUUUCUUAUAUAUAUAAUAUAUGUGUGUGUGU